AAGUUCUCUAUAUGAACCAGGUUAAAGUCGGUGUAAAUCGGUUGCCCCGUAGAUGAGUCUUCAGUGGACCGCCGUGGCCUGCUUCCUCUAUGGUCAGAUAGUGGUUAACCUGGUCCUGUGCUUCCCCCUCAUCUCAGCUCAAAGGUGGCGGUCACUUUUCAACUGGACAAUAUGGAGCUGGUUUUCUCCGUAUUGGAACAAAGCCUUCUGCACCAUGAUCAUGGUCCUAGUUGUGCUUUUUUUCGACGCCGUUCGGGAGGUCCAGAAGUACUCCUCGCCCCAGACAGCACAGGACGCCACACUGAACCCCACCCUGUUUGAUCACCUCCACAUGAAGCUGUUCAGAGCCCAGAGGAACCUCUACAUCUCAGGGUUCUCCCUCUUCCUGUGGCUUAUCAUGCGUCGCAUUGUGACCUUGGUGAACCAGGUUGCCUUAGCAACCACGGACAGCGCCGGACUUCAGGCCCAGACGGUUGGCGCUAACCAGGCAGCCACCCGGUACCAGGCGGAGAACCUGCAGCUGAAACAGGCUCUGCAGGCGGAGGAGGAGAAAACCUCAACCAAGAGCCGGCAGAUGGAGAAGGAGGAAGAGUCACGGGCCAGAGACCUGAAGGCUGCAGAGGAAGUUGUCCGUAAGGCCCGGGUUGAAUUGGAGGCUAUGAGGAGGCAGGCUAAGGGCCUCACACAGGAGUACGACAGACUGCUUACGGAACACACUCAACUACAGAAUCUUCAAAACACUGCGGACAAAAAGGACCAGUAACAUUUGACUCAUGCUGGUUUGAUAUUAUUCCCUGUGAAUCCUCCGCUUUUGAAGUUUGAAUUUCUGUAUGAAUCCUAUUGCCACUCAAGGCAUUCACCUGCACUGCUGUCCUCCUCUUCCUCUUACCUGUAGGGUAAACAUAGCUGUAGCACUUAUCACUAAUUAGGGGUCUGUUGCUUUAAGUACGACAGUAAACCUGUACAGACACAACUACUGAAGAUACCACACAUAUAUGAAUGUUGUUACUGCUAGGUGUGUGUUCCAUUUGAUGUAUCUGUAUAGGCUUGGAUGGCAGAACUUUUGAACAUUACAACGUGCAAUCGAUGUAUGUAUGUAAUCGUCACUUUACUGUAUUUAGGAUUUGAUAAAAAUAUUGAAAAACAAAAUAAAUACAUUAUGACUGCUGG